CGCGGGCGGAGGGACGGGCUGUGCGGCAGGAGGACCCGAAGUUUCAGCAGAGUUUCUCCUCACGGCGCGCUCGCUGCUCCGCUCACGGCAGAUCUCCUCACGUCUCCGAGACUCUUCCCCUCUCCCGGAGCGGACCGAACCGGACCGGACGGACAGGUGGAGGUGAUGGCGCGCGGAGCCGCCGCGCUUUCCCGGCUGCUGUGGCCGCUGCUCGUGACCUGCGGCUGCAUCUCGGCGCAGGAGCUUCCGGCCAACGGGCUGAACGGCUACAGCCUGCACCCGCCGUACUUCAACCUGGCGGAGGGAACCAAGAUCACCGCCACCGCCACCUGCGGGCUGGACGACGCCGGCAGGAGCAUACAGGACCUGUACUGCAAGCUGGUCGGAGGCCCGGUGUCCGGGGACCCGAGCCAGACCAUCCAGGGCCAGUACUGUGACAUCUGCAGCCAGGGGUUAAGUGACCGAGCUCAUCCCAUCACCAACGCCAUCGACGGGACGGAGCGAUGGUGGCAGAGCCCCCCCCUGUCCCGCAACACCGAGUACAACGAGGUCAACGUCACCUUAGAUCUUGGACAGCUCUUCCAUGUGGCCUACGUGUUGAUCAAAUUCGCCAACUCCCCCCGUCCGGACCUCUGGGUCCUGGAGAGAUCCACUGACUUCGGGCAGACCUACCAGCCCUGGCAGUACUUCGCCUCGUCCAAGAGAGACUGUAUCGAGCGCUUUGGACAGAGGACCAUCGAGAGGAUCAACAGCGAUGAUGAUGUCAUCUGCACCACCGAGUACUCGCGCAUCGUGCCGCUGGAGAACGGGGAGAUCGUGGUGUCCCUGGUGAACGGGCGCCCCGGGGCCAUGAACUUCUCCUACUCGCCGGUGUUGAGGGACUUCACCAAGGCCACCAACAUCCGGCUGCGCUUCCUGAGGACCAACACGCUGCUGGGACACCUGAUGGGCAAAGCGCUGCGUGACCCCACCGUGACCCGCAGGUAUUACUACAGUAUCAAGGACAUCAGUAUUGGAGGACGCUGUGUGUGUAACGGACACGCCGAUGCCUGCGACGCCAAGGACCCCAAUGACCCCUACAAGCUGCAGUGUGACUGUCAACACCACACCUGUGGAGUGUCAUGUGACCAGUGCUGCCCUGGAUACAACCAGUUACCAUGGAAACCAGCCACAACUUACAGUGCUAAUGAGUGUGAACCCUGUAACUGUCACCAUCAUUCCUUUGAGUGUUACUACGACCCCGAGAUCGACCUGAAGAGACUCAGCCUCGACAUCCACGGACACCACAGAGGGGGCGGGGUCUGCCUCAACUGUCAGCAUCACACCACUGGAGUCAACUGUGAGCGCUGCAUCCCCACCUACUACCGGUCACCGGACCACCCCAUCCAGUCCCCACAGGCCUGCUCACCCUGUAACUGUCAGCUGGAGUUCAAUGAUGGAACCUGUGAGGAUCUGACCGGUCGCUGCUUCUGCAAACCAAACUACACCGGAGACGAGUGUGACGCCUGUGCCAGCGGCUUCACCGGCUUUCCUGAGUGUUACCCCGUCCCCACCUUCCCCACCAACGGUGAGGCCAAACCAGCAGGAGAAAUCAUCAACUGUGAGUGCAGCGCCGCCGGCACCGUGGAUAACUCCUGCAGACCGGACCCUCGAACCAGAACCUGCAUCUGUAAACCGGGCUUCACGGGGGAGCACUGCGACACCUGCGCUCCGGGUUUCUACGGCCUCAACUGUCAGGCCUGCCAGUGUUUGGGUCCAGGCUGUUAUGACGGGUCAUGUGACUUGGACUCAGGCGACGGAGUGUGUCGAAACGGUUUCCAGGGUUCCCAGUGUGACCAGUGCGCUCCUGGUUACUUCAACUACCCGCUCUGCCAGCUGUGCGGCUGCAGCACCGUGGGCUCUCUGCCUGAAGGCUGCGACGACUCCGGUCGCUGUCUGUGCAGACCAGAGUUCCAGGGCCCUCGAUGUGAGCAGUGCAGAUCCGGAUUCCACUCCUUCCCCAACUGUCAAGAGUGCGUCUGCGAUCCUCGGACGUCGCUGGACUCCAGCUGCACCGUGUCCGGUAUUUGCCACUGUCGACCCAACUACAGCGGAGCCUCCUGUGACCAGUGCGCCCCCGGUUACCAUGGCUACCCAAGCUGCACGCCCUGCCACUGCUCCUCCGACGGCUCCCGCCACGUGGCCUGUGAGCAGACGACGGGUCAGUGUGCGUGUCUGCCCGGUGUGGUGGGUCUGAGGUGCGACGCCUGCGCACACGGCUCCUACGGAUUCCCCAACUGCCAAGCUGGAACGUGUCAUCCAGCUGGUUCUGUUCCUGUCGCUGCUCUGGCUCAUGUGGGUCAGUGUGAGUGUCGCCCCCAUGUGGAGGGCCCGGCCUGCGACCGCUGUAAGCCUCUGUACUGGAACCUGUCCCCGGACUCUCCGUUUGGAUGCUCCAGCUGUGAGUGCAACACCGCGGGCACGCUGAGCGGGGUGGCGGAAUGUGCACAGGAAUCGGGUCAGUGUCCCUGCAAGCCCAGCGUCUGCAGUGGGACUUGCUCUGCCUGCAAAGACGGCUACUAUAACCUACAGCAUCAGCACUACUUUGGCUGCCAGAGUUGUCAGUGUGACGUCGGCGGCUCUCUGGGGCCGUUUUGUGAGGACCAGAACGGUCAGUGUCGCUGCAGAUCCAACGUGGAGGGACCCAAGUGUGACGUACCGCGUCCAGAUCAUUACUUUCCUGACCUUCAUCACCUGAAAUUUGAGAUCGAGGAGGGAACCAUGAUGGAUGGACGACCAGUCAGAUUUGGUUACAAUCUACUGGAAUUCCCAAACUUCAGCUGGAGAGGUUAUGCGGAGAUGUCGUUCAUUCAGUCCAGGGUUCUGGUGUCGGUGUCGGUCACUUCUCCAGACCUCUAUCAUGUGGUGCUGCGCUUUGCCAACUGGGCUGGAUCUGCGGUUCUGGGUCGGGUGUCAGUCAUAGAGGAUGAAUGGAGCUACUACUGUGGGAACUGUUCGGAACAGUCCAAGCCCAUCGUCUUUGCUCCCAGCGUCGAGCCCACCUUCGUUAAUGUUCCUCAGAACAGUUUUGUGGAGCCUUUUGUCCUGAACCCCGGAACCUGGACGGUGGUCAUCGAGGCUGAGGGCGUCCUGCUGGAUUACCUGGUCCUGCUGCCCAGUGCUUAUUAUGAAGCUCCACUCUUACAGAUGAGAGUCACUGAACCGUGUGUGUACAGCUCCACACCUGAAGCCAGCAAGAACUGCCUGCUGUACAAGUAUCUGUCCCUGGACGCCUUUCCGUCCGUGUCCUGCAAGGACGCCAGCUGCCGGAAUGACAACCACCUGCCGCGCCCCUGCCCAGUGGAGCGGGUGACCCCGCGGCAUCCUGACAUGGCCGUCUGCAGUGGGAAUGAUAUCAGCGUCGGGCUCCGCGUGCGCCGGCUGCCUCCAGGUGAAUACAACCUGCUGCUGGAGUACUCCAGCGAGGAGGAGGAGCCUCAGACUCUAUCCGUGAGCGUGAACACGCCAGGGCCACGGACCCGGCAGCACCGCCUCACGCUGCUGCAGUGCAAGUACAGUUUUCUGUGUCGAGCGGUGGCCACUGACGAGCAGCGGCGAGUGUCGGUCUUCUCUCUGCCCGCUGACGCAGAGAUCCAGCUGUCCUCAGACAGAGCCAGCUUCUUCCUGCACCAAGUCUACCUGAUCCCUGCAGACCGGUUCACCAUGGAGUACGCUGAGCCCAAAGUCCACUGCAUCAACACUCACGGCCGCUUCUCACCUGACAGUUCCUCCUGCAUCCCGUCACGCUUCCAAAAACCGUCUGACUCUCUGGAUCUGAGGGAAGGUCAGAGCUCCACCUUACAGGCGGAGCAGCCCUCGGAGGCGGAGCCUGCCGCCGCUCCUCCGACCUUCCAGAGCCAAGAGCCCGCCUGGAUGGACGGAGUCCGACCCCCCUUUGGAGUAGACGACAACAGCCACAUGCGGCUGGAUGCAGCGCAGAACAUGGCGGUCUACUCCUCCCGGGUCCCGGCGCUGGGACGCUACGUUUUCAUGCUCCACUACCACCAGCCGCUCCACCCCACCUAUCAGGUGCAGGCCUUCAUCAACGGAGGGAGAAUCUGGCAAGGCCACACCAACGCGUCCUUCUGUCCUCACGCCUACGGCUGCCGUAACGUGCUGGUCUCUGAGAACCAGAUCAUUCUGGACGUGACGGACCACGACGUCUUCAUCACAGUGCAGAUUCCUGCCGACAGGACGCUGUGGCUGGACUACAUCCUGGUUGUUCCUGAGGCCAGCUACAGCUCCAGCCACCUGACCGAGCUUCCUCUGGACCAGUCCUACAGCUUUAUCAGCACCUGUGGUCUCAACAGUUUCUACAUCGACUCGUACACGGCGUCUCCGUUCUGCCUCCGCUCGGCCGUGUCCCUGUCGGCCUUCUUCAACAACGGGGCCAUGCCGUGCGCCUGCCACGAGGUGGGGGCCCUCAGCGACACCUGCCAGCAGUUCGGCGGUCAGUGCAGGUGCCGGCCCAACGUGAUUGGUCGAGACUGUUCCAUGUGUGCGACGGGUUUCUGGGGGUUCCCCAACUGCAGGCCCUGUAACUGUGGCUCCCGGCUGUGUGAGCCGGUGAACGGGGAGUGCAUCUGCCCCCCCAGGACCCUGCUGCCCGAGUGCUCCCAGUGCGAGCCCCAGACGUUCGGCUGCCACCCCAUCGUGGGCUGUGAGGUCUGUAACUGCUCCCAUGGAGGCGUCCUGUCCCACGACGACGGCUGCGACUCCAGCAGCGGACAGUGCAGCUGUAAGAGCAACAUCAUUGGCCGGCAGUGUGACCGCUGCACCCCCGGUUACUAUGGUUACCCCAACUGUCGGCCAUGUGAGUGCAACGAGGCGGGAACGGAGGAGGAAGUGUGCGACUCCAUCACUGGACGGUGUCUCUGCAAGGAGAACGUCCAGGGCGCUCGAUGUGAUCAGUGCAGGAUCGGAACUUUUCACCUGGACCCCACCAACCCCAAAGGCUGCACCAGCUGCUUCUGCUUUGGAGCCACAGACCGCUGUAGGAGCUCGGAUAAGAGACGCACAGAGGUCAUAGACAUGAAAGGCUGGGUUCUGCUCGGAGCAGACCGGCAGGAGGUCGUAGUGAACGAGUAUCCGGAUCAGGACCUCGUGGAGGCGGACCUGAGCGACGUUCCGGAUGUCUACCAGGACCUGUACUGGCAUGCGCCCAACACUUACUUAGGAGACAAGGUUUCUUCCUACGGAGGUCUUCUGAGUUAUCGGCUCCACACGCAGACGAUGAGAGGAGACUCUCUGUCUCUGCCUCCAGAAGCCUCCCGGCCAGACGUCAUUCUGAAGGGGAACCAGAUGACGCUGGUGUUCAUGCACAGGGAGUACUCCGCCCCCGAGGCUCCUCAUGAGGGGAAAGUUCGCAUCAUUGAGGGAAGCUUCCGGCACUCCAGGACGGGAAACUCGGUGUCCCGGGAGGAGCUGAUGAUGGUCCUGGUGCGUCUGGAGUCCCUGCAGAUCCGAGCGCUCCACUCUCAGUCAGCACACUCCGUGUCGCUGCGCGGCGUGGUGCUGGAAGCGGCAGAGAGCGUGCCCAACGGACUCCACGCCAACAACGUGGAGAUCUGCGUGUGUCCGGCCAACUACCGCGGAGACUCCUGUCAGAAAUGCGCCCCCGGUUACUACAGAGACACCAUCGGCCUGUUCAUGGGGAAGUGUGUUCCCUGUAACUGCAACGGGCAUUCGGACCAGUGUCUGGACGGCUCCGGCGUCUGCCUGAACUGUCAGCACAACACCGCUGGGAACCAGUGUGAGAAAUGCAGGGGGGGCUUCCUGGGUAACAACAGUCUGGAUGGGCAGGCGGUGGCGUGCUCCAGCUGCCCCUGCCCUCUGAGGGCGCCGUCCAACAACUUUGCAGAGCGCUGUGUGCAGGGAAGCCGCUCGCCGCAGUGUCUGUGCAUGCCAGGCUACGCUGGGCCGCGAUGUGAAAGGUGUGCUCCUGGUUUCUAUGGCAACCCGAUGGUUCUCGGCAGCAGCUGCCAGCCAUGCGACUGUAACGGCAACAGCGACCCCAACAUGCUGUUCGUCGACUGUCACUCGCAGACGGGGAAGUGUCUGAGCUGCAUGCACAACACCGCCGGAGACCGCUGCCACCUCUGCGCUCCGGGCUUUUACGGAGACGCCGUCGGCGCCAAGAACUGCACCAAAUGUGACUGUUCUCCCUGCGGAACCAAGUCAUGUGACCCCCACAGCGGGCAGUGCCACUGCAAACCCGGAGUGACCGGAGCUCGCUGUGAGCGCUGUGAGGACGGGACGUUCGGCUUCGACUCCUGCUCGGGCUGCAGUCAGUGCGACUGCGACGCUUCGGCCGCUCUAGUCCAGCCCUGCAAUCCUCAGAGCGGUCAGUGCGCCUGCCGGCCGGGCGUCAACGGACCCAACUGCAGACAGUGUGCUCCGGGCUUCUGGGACUACGGAGCCAACGGAUGCAAGAAGUGUGACUGCAGGGGGCACUGCGACCCCCGGACGGGGGAGUGCCACUGUCCCGAUGGCAUGACAGGGAAACAAUGCGACAGGUGCAUCCAUAAAGACAGCGUACCUGUAGAGGACCAGCACGGCAUCCACUGUCAAAAGUGUGACAGCUGUGUCCUUGUCCUGCUGGAGGAUCUGGAUCAUCUGGAACAGAACUUGACCUCAGCAGAAGACCAGCUGCAGAGUCUGAAUGCCAGCUCCAUGGCCUGGGCUCAGCUGGACAACCUGAACCGAACCAUCGAGGACGCCGCGCGCUCCAUGCAGAGCUUCAACAGCACGCUGGAGGCCGGCCGGAGCCAGGCGGACGUUCUGCAGGGCGACGUCAGCAGCCUCGAAGGGGAUAUCGAUGAACUUCAGCGAAAGGUGGAGGGGAUGACCGGCCGGGUCGGGGAGCUGCACAACAGAACCAGCAACACCCACCAGCAGGCAGAAGAUCUGCUUUCCUUCGUCAGCAACAUCAGCAUGGAGAUAAACGAAAUCCUGCUGAUGGCUAACCGCUCUCUGAACGAGACGGACGCGGACCAGGACAGCGAGGACCGCGAGACGAAGAUGAGGGAGGUGCAGGCCAUGCUGCGGGUCAUGAGGGACCGGUCCUGUGUGGGUCAGAGGAAACAGGCUGACAAAGAGAAGGCUGAAGCAGAGAAACUGUUGGAUCGUGUUAUUCAAGAGUUGGCCAAUCGUCAAGACCAGAACAAGAAUUUGUCCAAGUCGAUCCGAGACCAUCUGAGCCGUCUUCACAGUGACAUGAUGGAGCUCCGAGACUCUCUGAACGAGGCCGUCAACGACACGGCCAGAGCCGCAGAGCUCAACAACAUCAACCAGCAGACGCUGGAAGACGUCCACAGGAAAGCCGAGCAGCUGCUGGACCAGCAGAACCAGCUGAAGGAUCAGCUGAGCAUGGCGGUGGACAACGUGGCUCAAGUGAACGAUAUUCCACCCAUGCUAGGGGAGCUCAAAGAGGAGUACGAACGUUUGGCCGCCCAGCUGGACGGCGCCCGAUUACCGCUGGCACAGAAGGUGCAAAAUAUCACUUUAAGUAAUUCUAAAAUCCCUCUGGUGGAGGAGGCGGAGAAACAUGCCGAGCUGCUGAACGCCUUGGCCAUGAACCUGUCCAGCGUGAUCACUAAAACCAAAGAGGACGGAAUCACCGAUGUGACUAAGAUCUACAACAACAUCGUCAACCGAGUGAAGGAGGCGGAGGAGGCGGCUGAGGCGGCUCUGAAGGAGGCCAACAGCACUUUGGAGAGCAUUAAUAAGCUGAACCUGAGUGAGAGCGCCAAGUCUCUCAGCAACAGAAGCACAGAGCUGAACGAAGAGGCCCUGAAGCUGAGGGACAACCUGAACUACACCUUGAAGCCACAGCUGGAAGACGCUCGGAGGAAGCUGGAGAGUUUCAAAGCCAAACAAGCGGAGAUGAUGAAGGACUUGGAGGCAGCGCAGAAGAACCUGAGCUCGACCACAAAUUUGACUCAGGAGAUUGAGGAGGUGAAGCGGGUCGCGGGUCUGGCGAACAGCACUGCAACCAAGCUCAACAAUGAGCUGCAACCCAUUAAAAAGCAGCUGGACGAGUGGCAGCAGGCGUACGGAAACACCAACACCACCAGUGAAGAAAUCAAUAACGCCCUGAUGGACGCCAACAACACGGUGCAAAAGCUGGAUGAAACCAUCCCCACCCUCCUGAGGAAGCUGGAUGAGCUGCAGAACCACUCGGCCCAAAUGCCCAACAUCUCGGAGAGUAUCAGCCGCAUCCGGCAGCUCAUCCAAGAGGCGCGCAACGCCGCCAGCAAGAUCACAGUGCCCAUGAAAUUUAACGGUUCCUCGGGCGUUCUGGUUCGAAACCCCUCCAACCUGGCGGAUCUGGCAGCUUACACCUCCUUGAAGUUAUACAUCUCCCUGACAGCUCCCACACGGCGCAGGCGAGCGGAAGCCCCCAGCCAGUUUGUCUUCUACCUUGGGAACAAAGAUUCCAGUAAGGAGUUUCUAGGAAUGACUUUGGAGGGUAAACGACUGCGCUGGCACUUUAACGUUGGAGGGGAGACGGCUGACGUGCUGAUGACCGAGGACCUCGGAGCUGACGGACAGUUCAAAGCUGUUGUCAUGGAAAGGAUCCUCCAGCACGGUCGAAUGUCCAUGACCUACACGGACAAGAAGGUCCAGAAAACCACCAAAGUCGAGGUGGAGGCCAAGGGUGACGAGGGUCUGCUAAACCUGUUAACCAAUGACACGGUCUUCUAUGUGGGAGGAUACCCCGACACGUUCAAGCCGCCCCCCCCGCUCAACGUCUCCUCCAACUUUAAGGGCUGCAUCGAGCUGGACACUCUCAAUGAGGAAGUUCUCAGUCUGUACAACUUUGAAGAAACCUUUGCACUCAACACCACCUCAGAGAAGCCAUGUGUCCGGUCCAAGACCGAGAAGACGGACCAGUGGGAGAACGACGGCGUGUAUUUCGAUGGGACGGGCUUUGCAGAAGUCAAGGUUCAAAGCGAUUGGCUGAAGGGAGACAGGAUAGAGCAGGAGGUCAAAGUGGUCUCUCGCAACGGGAUCCUGCUCCUGCUGCAAAACGGGACUCAAUUCUUUUGUCUGGCCGUGGUUCAAGGGAAGCUCAAACUCUUCUAUGAUUUUGAUGGUGAACUGAAGGAGCCGGCCUCUGUAAAUUCAGGAUACCUGCCUGUCAGUGAUGCUGACAAAAAAACUAUUGAAGUGAUCCUCCUUGACAAGGAAUUCGUGGUGAGAAACAAUCCGAUUACCGUCUACAGGGAAAAGGUGUCCUAUCCUCAGUUUGAGAGCACAUACUAUCUGGGCGGAGUCCCGGAGAACAUGAUGCCUGAGAGCUUGAAGGAUAAAUUCCCAAAGCAGGGCUCCAUAAAGGCCUGCUUCCGGAACGUGAAAGCCAAAGGCUCCCACAUCGACCUGAAGAGGAUGAAGACGUCUGGAUUGAGCUUCAGCUGCGACUCAGACCUGCUGGUGGCUCGGGAGGCGUAUUUUGGCGGUCAGAGCUACCUGGAACAGGCCUCACUCGGGACGCCCUGCUUGAGGAAUGACUUCUACGCCAGCUUUGGCUUCAGGACCGCCCAGGCGGACGGACUGAUGUUCUUCCACGAGGACCAGGUCGGCACCCUGAAGACCUUUUUGAAAGGCGGCCAUGUUGUGGUGAAUGACACCAAAACCUCCAUCCGGACGCAGAAGACGUACAACGACGACAACAGCCACUAUAUAGCCAUCUACAACAACGCCAAAGGGAUGCGCAUCCUGAUGGACGACGUGCUGGAGCCAGGAAGUGUCGGCAAAGGGGACGCCUCCGAAAAAGGAACGACGGUUUCAAGUUCCUCAACCUUCUUAGGAGGGAAGCCGGACCAGAACCUCAGAAACCUGACGGGAUGCCUCAGCAACGUUUUUAUCAAGAGGGAGAACGUUGAGCAGAAGGUUCUGGACCUGCUGAAGGUCAAAGAAAACUUCAAUGUUCCUUUUGAAUGUCCUGCAUCCAAGACGCCUCAGCAGAUCGUCGCUGCGCCGCAGAGAGUCAGCAAAAGGAUGAAGGGCCGGCAGAGGAAGCUGUCCGGAUCUUUCCAGCAGAGCAGCAGCGAGUCCUGCCAGCAGCUCCAGACGCUCCCUGAAAGUGGAGCCACACACUUCAGCGGCUCGGCCCACAGCUACCAGAGAUACGAGUCCGGCUCCAUCCUACAUCAUUUCUCCAUGGAGCUGAAGAUCAACUCCUCCGACGGCCUCGUCCUCCUGGCUGACGGCAGGCGCCACAGCGGGGCGGUCUUGACCCUCAGCGUCUCUAAAGGUCACCUGGUUCUGUUGGUGGACGGGCCGAGCGGCCGGGACAGCCUUCGGCCCAAAAAGAAGUACAAUGACAACCAGUGGCACACGGUGUUCGUGAAGCAUGAAGGACAGAAGAUCAGCCUGGUGGUGGAUGGCAUCAACGCUCGCUCCAUGAGGCUGCCGGGGACCCGCGUCACUGGACCUCUUUAUGUUGGGGGGGCCCCACGUUCGGUCAAGGACCUGGACUCUCCCGGCUUCGCUGGCUGCGUCAGAGAUCUGAGACUGAACAACGCUCACAUUGGAAAGCCGGCAUACAGCCAGGGGACCCUUCCCUGCUUCCAGAACCUUCUCCAGCCAGGAGUCUACUUCUCAGGAGGGGGUGGUCAUGUGAAGAUAGAUGAAUCUCUGGUUUUGGACCGGGAUGUGGAGAUCCAGCUGGAGGUUCGGCCCGUGUCCGACUCAGGGCUGCUGCUGCACGCUGAAACCUCCACCGAUCUACAGCUCAGCGUGAUCCUGGCAGAAGGAAAGGUGACUGUGUCAGUGAACAACGGCGAGCGGAAGUUCUCCACGUCUGUCACGCCGCUGGCUCCUCUGUGUGAUGGACGCUGGCACACGGUCACAGUGAUCAAACAGAACAAAAGUCUGAGGCUGCAGGUGGACGGAGCCAGCACGCACCGGGUCGGCCCCAAACAGAGCCGCUCUGCCGGGGCCAAAGCAGCGCUUUACCUGGGAGGUGUGCAGGGUGGCGCUAAAGCACCUCGUCUUCCGGAUGGGCUGCCGGCCUUCACAGGCUGUGUCCGCAGGGUGACCGUCAACCACAGAGCGGUCACGCUGUCCAAGCCGCUGUCUGUGCAUGGAACGGUGGGAACACGAGGCUGCCCCCCCAUGUAGAGGCAGCUAAACAUCGAUGGAGUUUGGAGGUUCUGCGGUGCUGACCCGGGACGGCGGAGAGGGUUCUGGAUCUUCAUCCAAACUAGAAACUGUCUUUAACAGGAGGAGCCCGACUCCUCACAUUCCUAAACUACACAUGCUGGUGGUGGGUGUCAUAGCUAAUUUAAUUUAGGACAUCAUAUUUAUUAUAUACUGCAUCUCUCUAGAAAAGGUGUUUUCACGCCCGUCUUUACUGUAUCACACAUGCGCUCCAGUGUGACGGCUGUCUGUACACGGAUGCUACGGCGCCCUCAUCUGGAGAAUAAAGAAAUAUUCUCAAGUGUC